AUGGCUUUCACUAGCAUGGUCUCCACCAUUCAUGUCCUCCUCUUCUUCUUCUUCAUUGCAAUCUUCAGUCUUUUGAUUUCUUCUGCGAAUUCGUCGUCUUUAUCGCAAGGUAUUAAGGUUCAGGAACAAGACAAAGAUCCUUUCGUUGGGUUCAACAUUGGUACCGAUGUCUCCAAUCUCCUCACUCCAACGGAAUUAGUCAAAUUCCUACAAACACAGAAAGUAAACCAUGUCCGUUUAUACGAUGCUGAUCCAGAUUUGCUCAAGGCAUUGUCUAAAACCAAGAUACGUGUCAUAAUCAGUGUACCAAACAAUCAGCUUCUCGCUAUCGGAUCAUCCAACAGUACCGCUGCGUCGUGGAUUGGUCGUAAUGUGGUUGCUUAUUACCCUGAAACCUUAAUCACAUCCAUUUCUGUUGGUGAUGAGGUUUUAACCACUGUGCCUUCUUCUGCUCCUUUGUUGUUACCUGCAAUUGAGUCUUUGUAUAAUGCUCUUGUUGCUUCGAAUCUUCAUACUCAAAUCAAGGUUUCUACGCCUCACGCUGCUUCGAUCAUGCUCGAUACGUUCCCGCCUUCUCAAGCUUACUUUAACCAGACUUGGCAUUCGGUUUUGGUUCCGUUGCUUCAGUUCUUGUCGAAAACGGGUUCUCCUUUGAUGAUGAAUAUGUAUCCUUACUAUGUUUAUAUGCAGAACAAAGGCGUGGUUCCGCUCGAUAACUGUUUGUUCAAGCCUUUGACUCCGUCUAAGGAAAUGGUUGAUCCUAAUACUUUGUUGCAUUACACGAAUGUGCUUGAUGCUAUGGUCGAUGCUGCUUAUGUUUCGAUGAAAAACUUGAAUGUGUCUGAUGUGGUUGUGCUUGUGACCGAGAGCGGGUGGCCUUCGAAAGGUGAUUCGAAAGAGCCAUAUGCUACUAUCGACAAUGCUGAUACGUAUAACUCAAAUUUGAUCAAGCAUAUAUUCGAUAGAACCGGUACUCCUUUGCACCCUGAGAUGACCUCAAGUGUCUACAUUUAUGAGCUGUUUAACGAGGAUUUGAGGGCUCCUCCGGUUAGUGAAGCUAGCUGGGGAUUAUUCUAUGGGAACUCUACGCCGGUUUAUCUGCUUCACGUAUCUGGAAGUGGAACGUUUCUAGCGAACGAUACAACAAACCAGACGUACUGCAUUGCUAUGGAUGGUGUGGACUCGAAGACGCUUCAAACUGCAUUGGAUUGGGCUUGUGGACCCGGGAGAGCUAAUUGUAGCGAGAUUCAACCAGGGGAGAGUUGUUAUCAACCGAAUAAUGUGAAGGGACAUGCCUCGUUUGCUUUCAAUAGCUAUUACCAGAAGGAAGGAAGAGCUUCUGGUUCAUGUGACUUCAAAGGCGUGGCAAUGAUCACUACUACAGACCCAAGUCAUGGAAGCUGCAUUUUCCCAGGAAGCAAGAAGGUCGGAAAUCAUACACAGACGGUGGUGAAUUCAACACAAGUCGCAUCAUCCGGUGAAGCUCCAAGGAGGAGUCUCUCAAGAGGCUUCUGUGUCAGUAUUAUGAUUCUUGUAACUUCUACUUUGUUACCCUUUUGGUAA